AGUGUUAAGUAUUCAAGUUUCCGAGUGACGUCCAGACUAGGAAUACGGAAUUCGAUCACAUCGAACAGAGUGAGUUGUCGGAGUCAACGAUUGCUUUUUGUUUAAGUUCGCAAGAAUUUUUCAAAAAGCAGCAGAAAACAGCGGCCUACCCUCGAUAACGUUUCUCGCUGUAUCGAGAGGGAGCUCCAAGCGAAUAUCCGGAAUGCAGUGUUUAAACAACCGUAACUUCUCAGCCUCUGUGCCGACCACGACGGACAUACCGGAUUUUGUGCAGGAAUCCAAUCAAGCUUUCAUCGAGGAAUCAGAAGGGUCGCUGCCACCUCUCGACAUGUUCGACGACGUGCUGUCCGCGCCGUUCAGCUUCGAAGACCUCGAGAUACCUCCAUACCAGUUAUUUGAUGACAGGAUACAUGAAGUCGAGACAGCCGCUCCAGCUGGGCAAGGACUUGAGUCAGCUUUUGUCCCACACGGAAGUCUGUUCCCGGACAACGUCGACGGAGAGCCGCACGAAAUCAAGGUCGAGCUGGCCUCCGAGGUAGUGCCGAUGGAUACCGUAGUGGAACGCGAAGUUCCGCAAGCCCCAGAGCCCCACUGGCCCCGAAGAGUCGGUAGGAGACCGCCACCUCGGCGUGCUCUCAAGAGUCGCUCCGAACGCCAGGCCGAUCUGUACGACAUCCACGGCCUCAACAAAUACGAUCGGCUUCUGGCGAAGAUGCCGAAAUCGAAAGCGGGUCGUAAGAAGAAGUCCGUCACGGCCAAUAUGACGAAACACGCAUUGGCGGCUCGCGAAAAUCGCGAAAGAAGGAAUGAAUACAUCGAGGAGCUCCGAGAAGGUCUCCGCGACCUAUUCGCUGACUACAAGAAUCUCCAGGAAGAAUACCGGGACAAUCUCACCGAGGCCGAAUCGCUAAGAAAAGCUGUGGCCUAUUACGUCAAAUACAUGAAUACUUCGAGCAAGGUGGAGGAUAUAGGUCCCUUCAAACGCGAAACCUGACUUCGUGGAGGAUGUGAUGUGUUUUCCCUGUCUUACCGACCGAAGUCUCACGCGAAAGGAGGACUACGAUUUUGAAUCGAUUGAAGGCGCGACCGUGCGGUGGUUCCAGGCCUGCCCGGGCAAGCUUGUAGAAGAAGACAGACCACCAGCAUUGCUCGUGCCAGAGUAUAGAGCCGUGCACCAAGUCAACGCUGCCAACCAUCACUUGGCUCCGUCGCUUCCCGUUGACUCGGUCGGUAAUUUAUGUAUAUGAUGAUAUGAAGAGACUUAUACUGUUAUAUUCUGUAAAUAUUUUUACGCGAUCCCCAUCUGCAUCGCCCGUACGACGACAUCCUCCAUCAUUUUGGCGUGGUUGAGAUCGAUUGAUGCAUUGGGGUCCGUUAUAGACCUUGUGGAACAAUCGCAGAUAGUGCGAAGAACAAAGUCAUUUAGGAGUUGAAAAAUCACCAAAAAGAGUCAGCCCUCUGCUGUUCCAACGUUCGCCGCCAAAUUGUGAAAGUUAACUAGCAAUGAGGAGGGCCGACCGGAGGCUCACUCACCCAGUGGAAAGUUACUGAGGGAUCAACAGAAAAUUCAAGAAAAAAAAACGCACUCAGUACAUCUGCAGUGACGACAAAAAAAAUGUUAUAGAAGCAAUGAUGAGGUUGAUGACAUUGAUUGAAAAAAAAUUAUUCCAAGACAAACGAGUCUACUCUGCGAGAAUAAAUCUGAACAGUGAGAUACAUUCGGGCAAGUU